AUGGUUGGCGAACUGCUGGAAUUCAAAGAACAGCUGGACAACAUCGUGACUGGCUGCUUCCAAAGGAACGAUCACUUCCUCUACUCAAUGAGGGAGGCCUUUGAGUUCUUUAUCAACCAGCGACAGAAUAAGCCUGCUAAACUUAUUGCAGGCUGGCUUAUUCUGUCACUGGUUGAUGAAGAACUCGAAAGCCUCCCUCAUGGAGUAGAGGAAGCGAUCGUUCCUUUGGAAGCAGCCAGUCACGAUGUUGUCUAG